GGCUUAUUUUAAAAAAUAUGGUCGCUUGUUAGGGAAAUCUGAUAAGCAACUUCGUUUUUUUUUAUUUAUGUUCGCCUGUAUUCUCCAAUGCAUUGAUUGACACUCUGUCUGCUCGCAGUUAAUAGCCAACAAUAAUAUAAGUGCUGUAGCGUAAUAAUAUAAGUGCAAUAAUAUAAGUGCUGUAGCGUAAUUUGCCAUAUGUUCCGUCCCUCAUUGGAGAAAAAUCACAUUCAAAAAGAAGGCGCGUGACGCUGUGAUGUAGACUUAGAGGAGUGGGAUGACUUUCUUUUAGCCUAAUUUUUACAAUGUUUUGUAAUGUAUUAAUUAUCACGGGCUGUAAUAAAAAACAAGUAGUCAUAUCCUAAUACUGAGUAAAUACAUUUGGUUCGAAUAGCCUGGUAUAGCAAGAUGUCUUAAAAUGUAUUUCUUUUUUUCUUUUUUUUACAUUUAAACCACAUUAUUAGAUUACCUUUUGACUUCACGAAUACACAUAAAAGCUUAAUGAUUUUUUAUCUUUUUUAUAAUAUUUUAAAUAUUAUUAUAUAAUAUUUUCUUUUUUAAUAUAAUAUAUAUUAUAAUUGAAUAUAUAACUGAAUAUAAUAUUUUAUAUUUUUCUAUAAUAUUUAUUAUUCUAUUUAUUCUAUUCUAUUAUAUCUAUUUAUGUGGCAUUUUGUUUUUUUAUGUCAUUUAUUUGAUAGUUAUGUAUACAUUAUUUUAUUUUAAAUGGAAGAAAAACCUGUUUUUGACCUCAAAAUACAGCACUUUCCCUCUGUACAGUGUACAUGGCUGUGGGGACGAGCAGUUUUGUGGUGCUUGGAAUUCUUUAUAAUUAAUUAAAAACAAAUAUUGCCACAUUGAUGCCUCAAGAAGGUGUAAUUGUUCAAAUAACACAUUGUUUCAUUUUAAAAUAUAUUUAAAAAAAUUGUAACCAAGUGUUUUUCAAGUGUAAUAUUUCUGUAAAGGCUAGGGACAGAAAAAUGGACAUUUCCAUAGAAUGACCCUUAUAUAUAUUUUAUGCUAUAAAUAUGUGGGCAGCUAUGUUACAGCUCCCCUUUGAAGCUCUUGUGCUUUUCUCCUUUUCCAUCGCUCCAAUCCUAUUCUGCUCACAGGUGAUGGAGACGAGUUUUGAUCCCACUUUUGUUGCAGUUUGCUAAUUUUUUUUAAAAUAGCUUCUGUUUUUGCUUUUCAGAUAAAAGAGUGGUUUCAGUUUAAUAUGUUGCAGGCUCAUUUAUUGGUAAUAAAUAAUUGAUAAUAAAUAAUAUUGAUGAUAAUAAAUCAUCAAAAAAUUUUGGACUUGUUUUGGGCUUGUUUUUGAAGCUGCGGUUGCUUAUUUGUCUCGCGAGAGUUGGCAACUGUGCCAACUAGGCGUCUUUUCGAGUGACGCUAGCCUAGUAUGGAUGAAUGAAUGAACAAACAAUUAAAAAAAAAAAAAAGAUAUUAAACUCGACGGAGGAAAUGUGGGAAUUAGGUUAAAUGAUGUUUCAUUAACAAAGUUCGGGAGGAGCACUUCAGAUACUUAGCCUAAUUAGACACAAGUGACCCGACUUCUUUCGGAUCCUCCGGCCAAUCUGCCGGCCUCAGGAUCGGUCUUUCUCCCCCAGACACGGCCGCCGAGCGCCAGGCUUCGUCGCGGCCGCUGCUCUCAGCUCAACCAGCCACACGCUCUCUUCCACCGGCGUCUCUUCCAUGCUCUUAUCAUUCGGAUGCACGGAUUUCAUCCGCGUCAACAAUUCCUCCGAUCGGGAAAUGGAUCUUAUUUAAACAUAAGCCAAACGCUGAUUAAUUCCGACGCACCGUCUUCUCGGAGGGUAAAGUUAAACAAGCGGAUUCGCACGAUCUUUUCGUCACCCCGCAAACCAGCCAAUAGAUCGAGAAAAGCCCGAACUCGCCUCGCUCGACAACACCAUUGUCCUGCCCAACACCCGCGAGCCGUCAGGUCGCAGCAGAAGGCCUUCAACGAGCCUGGGCCACGCCCCAGUUCUCACCGCAGCAAGCCUCACUCGCUUCCCGCUUCGGCUCAGCCUUCACCGCGGCUCUCCCGGCCGCAGCGCCGUAUGCAGCCGUGCCUCUAGCUUCUGUUUCCAGAUACUAGCGCGAGGCGCAACCACCAGUAUUGCCAAAUCAUUCUCAGGUAAAAUUGCUCAAGGCAGGUAAUUUGUUGAUAAGUUGUUAAAGGACGUCGCGACAUCAUUGGAUGUUUAUGUAACCAUGACACAGUGCCUAGAAUACACACAGGAAUUACUUAAACUUUCUGUAGUUUUCACCAGCAUUUCUUACCAGUAUUUAAUUUACAUAUAGUAUUCCUUAAAUGGAUAGAUAAAAUGGACAAGAUGAAUUUUGUUUUGUGGAUAACUUUUGAUCACAAUAAUAGGAGAAAACAAAUUAUUAUAGCAUGCAUUUGUUGCUGAAGUGGCUAGGCUAGUGUGAGAAUGGCUAAUCCAGCAAUAAAUGGCUAAAUCGGCAACACUGUAACAUUUGGUGGGACACGCUGGAAUGUCCAGGUAGCCUACAGCAGCAGGAGCAAGCACGAGGCUGCCUCCGCUUGCAACACAGGCCCACACAUCUUUUUCUCCCGCUACGAAUAACUUUUUUUCCUUUACAGUGGCCUCCAGCUCCUGUAGCAGACACUACUGAGGUUACUUCUGUUAGCAGGGCAGGAUACGAUAGCUCUUCAGGACUCCCUUUCUGUGGCCUACAGCAGCAGGAGCUAGCCACAAGGCUGCCUCCACUCACAACACAGACCCACACAUCUCUUUCUUAUACUCCUUUUUCUCUUACGAUUCUAUCAGUUUACCACCUCAAGCCCCAGAGGCCGUUGUUCAGUGUGAGGCUGCCUCCACUAGAAUUGCAGCACCUGCUCCUCUCUCUCACAGCUCUCUACUUCAUUUAACGUCACAAUAUCCUCUCUUACAGCAACAUCACUGCUCGUCCCACCAAAUGCUGUUGCCUCGGUGCCACCGCUAGUGGCUUACAACAUCCGAGUGCCAAUCCUAGCAGGCGCAGACCUAGACCUCUCAUCCAAGGCAUCACCAAUGAAUAAUUGGGUAACGGAUGCAUUGCAGGCCACAUAGGCCAUAAUAAUCAUUUUGAAUUAAGUAUCAAAAGUAAAACAUGGUUCUGUUGAAACGGCAUAUAAUGGAUUAUACAAUAUCAUGUAAAUACUCAUUACAUCAAAGCCUAAUGCCGAGUUAACACUGCACGAUUUUCAAACUCGUGGGAUCGCUGUUGUUUUCACACUGCGUGACUAUCUGGGGUAGCAUUCAGCCGCUGCUGUGUUCACAUUGCAUGAUGGAUCGGCGACAGGGGCUUUCACAUUGCACGAUUUCACAAUAGGAAGAAUCGCCGACAACUGUCUGAUCCGCAAACUACGUUUCACAACAAAACGCACGCAAGAAGUGAUAAGGAAAUAACGCGAGAACCUGCGUCAGACCGUUGUUCUCGAGCGAGACUGGAAGUAUUAAAAAAUAUAGCCAGCAAAUUGUCUGUGCGCUGAUUUCCAGCUACAAAAAGAAAGACAGAUUAUGCAGGAGGGAGAUGCAGGGAUUGUGUUCUGCAAAGAGUGGUAAAUAAUAAUUUGCAGUAACUGUUAUGCUGAUGUUGCGGCUGGUCAAGCGUUUGUGCUCGUUUCUGUAUGAUAUAAUUGUACAUAUUACAAUACUGAUAUGGUCUAACUCCUCACCGAACUUCCCUCUGCCCUGUAUCUUUGUCUCUCAUUGGCUGAAGGUCAUCGUGAUGUAGUUUUCAGUCAGAAAUCAUUGCACACAGCGUGAUUGUGAAUUGCCGACAGCUCCAGAUAUUUAGCAUGCCAAAUAUUUCACAGGCGUCGGCGAUUUCCCUCCGAUCGCGUCUGUGAUAAUUCACACUGCGCAAUUGUCACUUGCGUGAACGAGCUCCGAUUUGCCUCCGAUGUCGGGCAUUUGUCGGCGAGUGAAAAAUCGGGCUAAAAUCGUGCAGUGUGAACUCUGCAUAAGAGGGCUCCAAUGGCCUGACAAUCAUCUAUAUCAGUGCUUCUCGGGCCUGUCUUGUGGGCCCCGGCCGCCGUGCAGUUUGUAUGUCUUUCUCAUGGGCCACACCCAUUUCAGGUCUUGCAGACUCUACUAAUGAGCUGAUGAGUUGGAUCGGGUGUGUUGAAUGGGGGAGGCAUGCGGGAUGUGCUGUGGCUGGUGGUCCCUGGGAUGGGUUUAUGAACCACUGGUCUAUAUGCCACCGUGCGAUCUAAUCCUCGUUCGGCUAAACAUCCAAUUCAAAUGUCCACUUAAUCUUUAACAUUUGGCCAUUUCUUUACGUCAGAAACUAUCGUAAUUAUUACUAUCAUAACUUCGUAAAUUAUCGAAUAUGGACGUCAAAAGUUGCCGUUUUUUCCAUUCAUUACAUUCAGCCGUUUCACUGAAUUAAUCUGUUUAGCUUCCCCUAUAGGCGGCGCAAUUAAACGAGGGUUCAUGAUCAGAUCUUUCGUCGACCGCUGUCUCAUCAUUAGCCCAUUGGAGUGGCUGCUAGGAAAUUCUGGGGUAAGAAACCUUCUAACCGAUUUGUCAGCUCCACAUAACUACCCGUUUCGAGCAUAAAACACCCCGAUGAAUUCUCUCUCAAUAGUAGGACAAUGAUCAUGCAAUCCAUAUGACAAAUCAUGGGUCUUGGCACCUGGCUGACAAAGUGGACAUCACCUCAGCUUCCAAGCCAUGCCUCUCCAUCCAGAUUCAUGGCACUUAUUUAGGGUACGCUAGCACAGGGAAUCCCAUUUCAUUGUACGCUUAACCUUUGGACGCAAGCAGCACCAAGAUUUUCGGACGUAUUAUCAGGCACCGCUAUUGGAUUCUUACAAUCACGCAAGCAAUCCUCAUAGCAUCUACCCUAUUAGAUGACUAUUAUUCUGAGUAUUGAACUCCCGGUCAGACGCUGUAAGAGCGCUCCCGGUGGAGCAAUACCUUUCUCUGUCGACUAACGGUGAGGCUCACCCAUCUGACACUGCGGGUAGUGAACCCGCGUUAGAUGCGUGAGAGCUUCCCAGUUGAGCAAACCUUGCGUUUCCGUCUGACUACAGGUGAAACUCGCACGUCCGAUGCCAUAGUAUUGAUCUCCCGUCGGACGCCAUAUUCACUCUAGUCUUCUGGGUUUCUGAGAUGCUUAGGGCUCACCAUCUCCGCUAAAUUCGAUCCGGACAUCAACCCCACCAUCUCAGACCUAAAUUCCAUUUUGAUCAAACAAGACCGACCAAGUUAAGAAAGGUAAUUUCAUUUACAAACUCUUUUCUCCAUCCAACCUUACCAGGCCGUUCUCUAGCAUCUCCGCCUUAGAAUUCUCAGGUCUAAUCCCCCCCUCGAACCUCUAUUCAAAAAUAAAUAAAUUAAUUAAAUAAAAAAAAUAAUAAUAAAUAAAAUUGGUACGAGCCUUCCAGACAUUUUUAAAAAAAACAUACCUUUUCAAGUCCACGCUUGGCGAGGCUCACCUAUCUGACACCGUGAAUCUUCACAUCUUGUCGAACACUGGCAGAGCCCUGCGUCCGGAGAGUCUUACCCAACCAGGCUGCGAGCUUCCAUCUCCAGUCAGAUGACGGCGAGUGCCUCCCGGCCACCUAACUUUACCUUUCUGUCUUUACCCGUCCAACACAGUGAGUCUUGAUCUCCUGUCGGACGUCGGCAAGAGCCUCCCAGCCAGACAAUCUUACCUUUUCCGUCCGCUCGCGCCACAAUAUCAAACCCCCGUCGAACGCUACAUACUCGGUCGGUCAAGCAAUCUUAGUUUUCAGUCUGUCACCGGCGAGGCUUAACCAUCCGACUCGCGAGUAUUGAUCUCCCGUCGGACGCCGGUGAGCGCAUUCCCGGCCAGACAACCUUAGCUUUUCAAGUCCCACGCUGGCGCCGCUUACUCGUCCGAAACAGUGGGCAUUGUGCCCCAGUCGGGCGUCGGCAAGAGCCUCCCAGCCAGACGACUUACUGUUUCAUCCUACGGUCGGGCGAGACUGACCCGUUUGACUCUGUGAGUAUUGGCCUCCCGUAGAGCGUCGGUGCCAGUCUUGGCCAUCCACCUAUUUUUUUCCAUCCGACGGGCGACCGAGGCCUAGCCGCCAUGGGUCUCGUCCGCCAGCCGAACACCGUCCACCUGUCUCUUCUAUCCUCACACCUUUUCCCCCCGCCUGGCGAGGCUUACCCGUUCGAUCUCCUGAGUCUCAAUCUCCCAUCGGAUGCUGCGAGAGCCCUCCCAGUCUCCGGGUUUUCUCUUCUCCCUACCCGCCGGCGAGGCUAUCCGUCUGACAUCGUAGUCUUGAUCUCGUGUCAGACGUUGACUCUGGUCUCCCGGUGGGCUCAUGUAGGUGCUCUCUUGUUUAAGUUGGAGGCAACGGUUCGAAUUCGUGGCACAAAGACUGUUACUGAUGUGUCAGCAUACUGGGUUUUGCCCAGUAACUUGAGCAAGAUUCACCCAGAAGUGGGAUAUAGGAUCAACUACACCUCCUCAGUUGCACAAAGGAAGACAUUAGACCAGCAAAUGAAUACGCAGUCCACAGCACCAGCCAUAAGGAGUCGGGUACAGAAACGGAAAACUCCUCCAGGUAAUCUUGAAGAUUUAUCACUGCUACUUGAUACGUUACUGCACCAUAGCAAGGCCGUUGGUUUGUCAGGGAUGGAGAAGUACUAUGCACAAUACACACAACACACAGCUGCUGCACCAUCCUCUGCUUUACCUCCAUGCCUGGCAAAAUCCCUGUAUGAUGAAAGCAUAGAUGCCAGUGACCUGUCUAUUGUCCUGCUGGCCUGUGAGAAACACGUGAUUGCUGUAAGUGUGACUGACGAGCAAGCAGCAGCUGUAGAAGAGUACACCAGGCAACAACAUCUGUCGUCUGCAUGGUAUGAUUACAGAAGCGGAAGAAUUACAGCGUCAAAAAUGCAUGCCGUAUAUACCACCUCUCUGGAGAGGCCAUCCCACACAGUUUUGAAGCAGGUGUGUUACCCACACACACAGCACACAGUAUCAACUGUCCAAACCAGAUGGGGUAUCGGUCAUGAGGGGGAUGCUAGAAAGGCCUACACUGAAUCCAGAGCUGCAUCUCACACAAACUUCAAAAUCGAACUGUGUGGCUUCAUAAUUAACAGCAGGUUCCCUGAAAUCGGAGCGUCACCGGAUGGCCUGACUAUGUGUGAAUGCUGUGGGAAGGGCUGCCUGGAGGUGAAAUGUCCUUUCAAGUAUCGGUCCUGCAGCAUCCAGCAGGCAUUGGACAUGAAGGACAAAGACUUUUGUCUCCAAUUGUCCUCAAACAACCUUCAGCUGAAAAGAGACCACCGCUUCUACACACAGAUCCAAACACAGAUUUUUGUCACCCAAUCAAAUCACUGUGAUCUUGUUGUUUGGACUGAAAACGAUUUCACUGUGGUGCGUGUCUUUCCAGACCAGGAGUUCUGGGAACCUCGUCUACAGAAAGCACAAGUAUUCUUCAAGAAAGUGUGCCUCCCGGAACUUGUGGCAAAAUACUACUCAAAGGACAUGCAGCCUCAUGUUCCAAGUGAAAGAGAGCAGUAGUACAGAAGUGGCUGUUUAAGAAAUAAUUGCACUUAGGCCUACUCAGUUAAGAGUUUUUUUGUUUUACUUGACUCAAAGAGUAUUAGCCUGUUACUUGAAAUUCAGUGUUCCAAAGUAGUUCAACACAAGAAACUAAACAUUGCAGGAGAUUUUUUUUUU